GAAAUCCUUGCCUUCACUUGAAUCAUUAAUGAGUUAUAUCUCGAAGCGAUAGCCCAGUCAGUUUCAAGAUGAGUUUACCUUGUAUGAGGAUGACUUCCUGCCAGGCACUGUCCGGUCAACCCUGAAGAGAUGGGACAAGAAGAUGCUAAAUAAAUGGCUAACAUCCAGUUGCUUAAUUAAAUCUGCUGUUAAAAUGCUAACUCAGGUUCGAUUACAUUACAGCUUUAUUCACCGAAGGCAUCUAAAUGUAGAAGGCUUCAAGAGUCACCAGAAAUGUCAUACCUGGCCAAAGGAGAAACUUGAGUGUUGAUCAGUGAUGUAAAAUCUCUUUUUCAGACGAAAGCAAUUUGUGCAUUUAAUCUGAAAAUCAAAGUUCCAGAGCUUGAAGGUAGAGUGGAGACAGAAGUCAAGUUGCUUGAGGUUCAGCGUUUCCCCUGUCAGAUAUGAUUUGGGGUGCCGAGUGUCACCUGCUGGUUGUUCGUCAACUGUCCAACGUCAGCAAAACUGUCUGCUAGAAAAUCUUAGCGUACUCCACAAUCUCUUCUGGUGACUUUAAGAAGUUUGUCAUUUCUAGCAGUACUCUGCCAAACGAAGUAAUAUCUGAUUUGAUAACCAUGGUAUGGAUGUGCUUAACAGGCCAUCACAAGGAUAUCUUGUUGGGGUUUCUUUUUUGUUAUAGUCAAAUUUUCUGGGGAACUGAAUUUUGGGUUCCAAUUUAUCUACAAGUCAUAUUAAACAAAAUUAAUAGGAAUAAACACUCAUAUGUAACUCUUUGUACUGAGUUUAUGAAACAUAAAUUUCACUGUUUGGAUUUAAUCAGUGUAAAUUAACUUUUAAAUAAAAUUUUAAUAUGGAAAGAUGCACCUGUAAACUUGUUUAUGGCUAAACGCAUAGGACUUCUAAAAAUGAUCUCAUUCAGUAUUGUGUAAAUAAGAAGCUGAAUUUCCCAGUGUGUUUUACAGCCAGGCCAUUUGCAUGACUACCUUAUUUAACUUCCUCAUGAGCAGUUGGCACCUUGUCGGUAAGUGAGAGGCAGUUUUUCUUUCCAUCUUGUUAAAGUGCAUGAGCAAGGAGAUGACCUCAAUAGUAUUUUCUUCACGUAAACCCUCUAAAUAAAGGCAAGGCACAAAAUGUCCUUUUGGUGGGUAGAUGUGAUGGUCUAAAGGGAGGAAAGCCUAGGCACUAAGUGCAGAGGUGUGGCCCUCGUGACAGGUACAUGGGAGGAGCUACCUGUGCAGAGCAGGCAGUCAGGACACAUUGAACACAGUACACCUGUUGAACUUCCCAGGCAGUCUCUCUCUGUCAACCCUCCUGUUCUCUAUCACUGACCUGAGGAAAGGGGGACCUGACAGGCUCACCAUGGAUCCCAAGGAGGCCGGUGGGGGUGAGAAGGACAAGGAAAGACCGAUAAAAAGAAGAAACCGGCCUGUGUUCCUGCGGUACCUGGAGAGGAGAAAGACGGACACUAUAGUGGCCAAUGACAUAGCCAACGGUGACAUCAACCUGGGGACGCUGGUGAGGAGGAGUCAGUCUGACAAGACGGAGUACAGCGCUAAACUUAAAGAGAAACUGAUGCCUCAUGACCUGUCAGCUCUCCCCUCUCCGGUGCUGGACGUGGAGGAGAUUCGGUCCAGGAAGAUGAGCCGCAGGGCGAAAGUGAUAAAAGAACUUGUGCAAACCGAAAAGGACUACCUCACCGACUUGGAACUGUGCAUCAGAGAAGUCGUCCAGCCUCUACGAGUGUUGCAGGUUGUUGACGUAGACCGACUUUUCACCAACAUGGAGACGGUGUGUGAGGUGUCUGCAGCUCUCCUUCACAGAAUGCACGCGGCCUUGUCUGACCCGGAUCCAGAAGCAGUCGUCAUAGGGGAUGUGUUUAUCCAGGCAAAGGCAGCUUUAGAAGAUGUAUAUAAGAUUUACUGUUACCACCAUGACGACGCCAACAUGUCAUUGAAGGCCUAUGAGAAGGAGGAGCAGAUAAAGCAGCAUUUUACUACAUGUAUCUUAGCACUGAAAAAAAUCUAUGAGCAAGAAGGAAAACCCAAUUUGUUGGACAUGGGCUCCCUGCUGAUCAAACCAGUCCAGAGGAUCAUGAAGUAUCCGUUGCUUCUGGGGGAACUUUGGCAGGCCACCCCUGAAGACCACUUUGACUACCUGCCCCUGCAGGAGGCGCUCACCGCUGCCAAGAUCAUAAACGUUAACAUCAAUGAGUUCAGGAGACGGAAAGACAUAGUUAUGAAGUACAAGAGGUUAGAAAAUGAUGAAGGCACGCUGAGGGGCAAGCUAAACAAGAUUAACAUCCACUCCCUCCGGAAGAAAGGAGACAGGUUUGCGGGAUAUCUAAAGAUUCUCACUGGAGUCGAACCACAGGUGAGAGAUGAAGUGUUUGACAAGGAAGAGAAACUGUUCAGGAGUCUGGAGAAAGCUGUGAGGCAACUGGCCAAGAAUGUUAACUGUUAUGUGCAAUAUACUCAGGAGAUGGUGCCUGUUGCCGCUCAGAACGUGAAGGACAUGGAAAACAUGAUUACGGAUCCAAGCAAAGCAGACACAAAUGGCUCGUCACACAAGAAUGGCAAAGAUCCUUAUAAGUACUUUAAAGAGCGAAUGGAGGAGUUGGUUCUGCUGCCCCUCACCUCUCUGCAGGGCAUGUUCACCGCCCCGCAGAAGCUCAUCCAGAAGAGAUACGACAAGCUGCUGGACUACUGCUGCCGCCUGGAGCGCUCCUCCUCUUUGUCAUCCUCCUCCUCCACCUCCACCUUGUCCCCCACCUCCUCACCAGCGUCAGACGCGCCUCCUGGUCCUGCCAAGAGAGACUAUGAAGCCAUCAAUGCUUUGCUAGUGGACGAGUUGCAGAGGUUCAACAUGGCGGCUUAUGCCAUCCUGACAAACUGCGUGCUGUGUCUGGUGGCCCUGCUCAGAGGACUGAUGGGUUGCGCUUUGGUUGGAGCUCCGGCUGUUCACCAGCUGCCUCCUCCUCUGUCAAACAUGGCUGAAGUGCAGAACAGCAUCAUGGAUGAGCUGAACAAUCUGACAUUUGUGAAGGAUAAUGCUCAGAAGUUAAUGGAGAGAAAAGUCAGCUUUGAGAGGCAACGAGACAAAAAGACAGUGGUGCAGGAGGUGCAGCAUCAAACAGAGGAACAGCGCGCCUGGCUGCUGGCGGAGUACCCGCCGAACCGCCUCUACCAGCUGAAGAGGAAGUGCAAUGGCUGUCAGGAGCAGGACCUCAGCCUGCUGGAGGGAGAGCUGGUGGCCAUGUUGGAGGAUACAGACCCUUUAGGCAGCAGCAGCCGUUGGCUGGUGCACAACGGAGGUGACAAAGGCUAUGUCUACUCCACGUUCCUGAAGCAGUACAACCCUCUGAGGGACUCCCAGCGGGCGAACCAGAAGGCCAAAGAGCAGCAGCAGGCGCCUGUCAUCACAUAUGAGGACUUUGACGACCUCAGCCUGUUUGUGUCACCCAGCAGCAGCGGCAGCAUGCGCAGUGGCAGCCUGAACACCACAGACAGCAGCUCAACCCUCUCAGGUCUGCAGGGAGAGCUGGAGAACGCUGAAGAACAGGGAGAGUCGGUGGAUGGUGACACCCAACAGUAUUAUGCCGUCUAUGCAUUUCAAGCACGCUGUGAACAGGAGCUGUCCCUGCAGGAGUACCAGCACGUCCGCAUACUCCAGUUCUGUGACCUGGGCGGAAACAAGCAGUGGUGGUUGGCUGAGUCCAAUGGACAGAAGGGAUACGUCCCUGCUAACUACCUUGGCAGAAUGUCAUAUGCAUGAAUCCAGAAUGUAAAAAUGACCAAAAGAAAGCAAUAUUAAUGGUUAUGAUGUCAUACCCAACAUUUUUGAAGUAAAAUAUCGUACAUUUUGGAUUCAAAUAUUUUGUAAUUGUUCAAGGUUACAUAUUUCUCCAUUUUGAGUUUAAUACCAAAGUCACGAGAAAAGUAACUGCAAGAGCGUGUUUAUUGCCUUGUCGCAUCAGAAGAGCUAAUUUGUCUUGUUUGUAAGAAAACUUUCUACUUUUUUAAUAGUUUUUUUUUUUUUUUUUUUUACAUUUAAAGCCUGCCACAAUUAUUGGCACUGCUGAUAAAAAUGUCAUUAAAAGUGCUCAAACGAAUGCCUAUUAUGGGGUCUUGAUUACCCCCAACAUACCACAGGUUCCUCCAGCACUCUAAUGAGCAAGAUUUGGAGUUUAUUUUUGCACCAUCACCCUCUCCACAGUGGAUGAUGGAAAGAUAAAUGUUGUUCCUUGUCUAUCCUUUUGUUGUCAGACUUCCAGUUUUAAGGUGUUUUAUCAUCUCUUUGAUUUACAGCGAAGUUUAGGCAGCUUGCUAUAUUGUUAUAAUCUCCAACACAUAUUCAGCUUACUUGCAUGGCAUGUUCUCUUGAUACCCAUUUGGAAGAGUAGAUAAAAAUGUCCUUAUAGUCACAUCAGUCCAAGAAACAGAAAGUCAGGGGUUACCAAUUAAAAUUUAGAACACCCUGAUUAUCUAAAAAAAGUGAAUUACAACUUAUCAAAAAGCUUUAGUUACAGUUUAAACGAUUUGUUAGGGGUGCCAAUGACUCUCUAAAAGUAUAAAACUUAUUCACCACAUCAUAAAUUUACUCAAAUGAAAAGUUGGUUCACUGAUUUUAACUUUCAGAUAUUGCUGCAAAAACACAAUUCUUGAGACUUCUUUUUGUUACAUAGACUACUUGUGGUGCCAAUACAUGUAAAAAGCUCUGUAUGCGGUAACAUUUAAGAUCAGAACUAGUUAACGAUCAAGAACAAAGUUUUUGUCUUUUUUUGCAACCCCCUUUUUACCUGCCCCCUACUCCCCCC